AUGUCGGCUCUUCGGGAUGCAAUAUCCAAAAUCAAGCAGUCGGCCUCGGAGUCUGACCUCAUACCCCACCGUCGCUCAACGCUCUCAAGUUUCCUUCAGGAGAAAGAAUAUGUCUACUCCAGCGAUGACUUCAGUGAUGAUAACAGCGGCGCCUCCAGCAAGAAUGAGCAGAAGCGUGCUGCUCGGCGCGAGAAGAAGGAGCAGAGUAGGUCCAGGCUGAGCGCUGAGACAAGAGGCAGCUCAAUGGACAGUACGCGCUCAGAUCAAAAGGGCGCCAAUGAUAGUCCCGCAGAGAACAACGAUGACAGUCCUGAGAUGAAGGCACGGUACGGUGAUCUACCGAUGAUGCAGUCUAGAGACCGUCCUCGGGCAAAUCAUGCCAAAUUCGAGUCCAUCACGGAUCAGAUGCAGGGCCAGGAACUAACAUUCCGUGCUCGUCUCCACGUUGUUCGACGUAUGGGCGCAAAGUUUGCAUUCCUGGUAUUCCGACAGCAGGUGCAUACUUUACAAGGUGUUCUACACACCAAGCCUAACCUGAGGUCCGCAAAUAUGAUUUACUGGGCUGAGCGCAUUCCGGUUGGGUCAAUACUGAAGGUGAAGGGCCGCCUGAAGGCACCGGAAGUCCCCGUCUUUGGAACAACGAUUCAUAACCUCGAGCUUGAGAUCGAAGAACUCCAUGUUUCUGUGCGUCGAGAGGAGCCGGCGCCAUUUAGUGUAUAUGAAGCCGAACUUGCCGGUGCCCAUGAAGAGCGACUAGAAGGUAUACGCCAGAAGAUUCCCGAUCGAACUAGGCUGUCCAACCGAAUUCUUGAUCUCCGCACCGAUACAUCACAGUCCAUCUUUAGAAUUCAGUCUGCCAUUUCAACGAUGUUCCGAUCCGCUCUCGAUGCCCAAAACUUCAUUGAAAUACAUACCCCAAAACUUCAAGCAGCCGCCACAGAAUCUGGAGCUAGUGUCUUUGGUGUGAACUACUUCGGUCGGCCUGCUUUCCUAGCUCAGAGCCCUCAACUCGCGAAGCAGAUGGCCAUUGCUUCAGAUUUUGAGAGAGUCUACGAAAUUGGUGCUGUUUUUAGAGCAGAAAACUCAAACACACAUAGACACCUCACAGAAUAUACAGGGUUGGAUAUCGAAAUGGCCAUUGAGGAGCAUUAUCAUGAAGCCUUGGAGGUACUUGACGGAGUGCUCAAGUCUAUAUUCAAAACUAUCUAUGAGAAAUACCGGUUGGAGAUAGAGGUUAUCAAGCACCAUUUCCCGUCCGAAGAUUUGGUUUGGCUUGAAGAAACCCCAAUUAUUUCAUUCGCUGAUGGAGUCAAAAUGCUGAAUGAUUCCGGCUGGGUAGAUGAGAAUGGGAACAAACUCUCGGAAACAGAGGACUUCGGAACACGAGACGAAAUCAGGCUGGGCGAACUUGUGAAGGAGAAGUAUCAUACGGACUACUAUAUCCUGGAUAAAUUCCCAGCAGUCGCCCGACCGUUCUAUGCCAUGCCACAUCCAGAUGACGAAAGAUUGACCUUGUCAUUCGAUAUAUUUGUUCGAGGACAAGAGAUCGUUUCUGGUGGUCAGCGUAUCCAUGACCCCGACCUUCUGGAAAAACGAAUGAGAGAGGUUGGAAUUGAACCGUCCACCAUGGAGGAGUACAUGGAAGGCUUCAAAUGGGGAGCUCCUCCGCAUGCUGGUGCUGGAAUCGGCCUAGAGAGGCUGCUGAUGCUGAUACUGAAGCUCGGCAACAUUCGAUUGGGCUCCCUCUUCCACCGAGAUCCCAAGAGCUUCCCUCGUCACGAGCAACCAGUUACCCUCCGUCACCCAGAAGCAUCAACCCUCAACCCACCAUGGGAAGAAGAAAACAAACCUCGCAAUGCGCCAGUGGAUCCCACUCGGAAGCUACAGGCCUUGGAGGACCUUAUUGCCAACUAUGGCGAUUCAACAUCUACCUCAUGGCUUGAUGAUAGAUAUAAGAUUUGGCGAGACUAUGCCACAGGUGCUGCGGUUUCCUACGUACCUUCACACGGAUAUGCAGUUAUUGCCGGAGACCCCCUCUGCGAUACAACCCAGUACCGCCGUAUAGUCGUCGCUUUCCUCCAAUGGUUGAAAAAGGAAACAAAUCUUAGACCAAUCUGGAUCCUUUGCUCUGCUGACGUCGAAGAAGUCCUCGGUGAACAUCUGGGCUGGCGAAGUCUUUCUUGUGUCGCCGAAGAACGAGUUGACCCUCAACGCAACCGUGCCGCGUCGGAUGGUGAAAUAUCCCGCAAGAUCCGCCGUGCUGAAAACGAAGGCAUCAGGAUCCACGCCAUUACUCCCGGUGAAACCGUACCAGAUGACAUCAAGCAGAAGAUAGAUGCUCGAAUUGAUGACUGGCGCAACAACAGGAAAGGAACUCAGAUCCAUCUUUCGGAGAUCACCCCCUGGCGCGACCAUACUCAUCGUCGAUACUUCUAUGCUACUGAUAGCGAGGGCAAAAUCUGUUCAUUCGUUGCCCUUGCCCAGCUGGCCCCUCGCCAUGGUAUGCAGGUCAAAUACAGUCUUGAUUUCCCUGGCUCCCCAUCUGGUUCGAUUGAAUAUAUCAUUACACAUGCCAUUCAAUCCGCUGCAACCUCGGGUGUGAAAUCCCUUACUUUCGGCGGUGGUGCCAUUCCACAUCUAAUUCCCGGCCAUAAUCUGAGCAGCGUCAAGGCAAAGAUGCUGCAGCACACAUAUGAUACCAUUGUCAAGCAGUUCAAGUUAACUCGGAAGACAGAGUUCAGAGCUAAACUUGGAGCACAUGAAGAGCCUGUUUAUAUUGCUUAUCCGCGCCAUGGGCUGGGCACCAAGGGAAUCAGAGCAAUUUUGAACUUCUUCGAGGACUAG